AUGAAGACCGAUUUCAAGUUCUCGAACCUCCUCGGUACGGUAUAUCGCAAAGGAAACCUUCUCUUCACGCCUGAUGGGAAUUGCUUGCUUUCGCCGGUGGGCAACAGGGUCACCGUAUUUGACCUAGUGAACAAUACUUCCCAUACGCUUCCUUUUGCGCACCGGACAAAUAUCGAUCGACUAGACCUUACUCCGCGGGGCAACAUUCUUCUUUCUGUCGACGAGCAUGGUCGCGCAAUCCUAACCAACUUCCACCGUCGGAUCCAAAUCUACAACUUUUCCUUCAAAGGCCCCGUUUCUGCCCUCAAAUUCUCCCCGUCUGGUCGUCACUUUGCUGUUGGUGUGGGUCGCCGGCUGCAAAUAUGGCACACCCCCGAAACGCCUACUGUCGGCGGUGAUGGCGAAAUCGAUUUUGCCCCAUUUGUCCUACACCGAGAUCUCGCCGGCCAUUUCGACGAAGUGCAGAGCAUUGAGUGGUCGAGUGACUCUCGUUUCCUUUUGACGGCUUCGAAGGACUUGACGGCACGGGUAUGGAGCUUGGAUCCCGAGGAUGGCUUCGAGCCCACAACUCUUUCGGGUCACCGACAAGGAGUUAGAGCGGCUUUUUUCUCUGCCAAUCAAGAGAUGAUUUACACCGUCAGUCGAGACUGUGCACUCUUUCGAUGGGAAUAUGUCUCCAAAAAGGAUCCAGACUCGAUGGAGGAUGUAGGCGAACCACGCUGGAGGAUUAUCAAGAAGGAGUUCUUCCAACAGCCACAUGCAACGGUUAAUUGCGCAGCAUUCCAUGGCCCCUCAAAUCUGCUCGUCGUUGGCUUUUCGAACGGUUUGUUUGGCCUUUAUGAACUACCGGAAUUCAACACGAUACAUAUUCUAAGUGUCUCCCAGAGUAAUAUUGACGUCGUAUCGAUAAACAAAUCGGGCGAGUGGCUAGCGUUUGGUUCCUCGAAAUUCGGGCAAUUGCUAGUUUGGGAAUGGCAGUCAGAGUCGUACAUUCUGAAACAGCAGGGCCAUUUGGAUUCAAUGAAUGCGCUUGUAUACUCACCCGAUGGCCAAAGGAUCGUUACUGCUGCCGAUGAUGGCAAGGUCAAGGUCUGGGACGUCAAGUCUGGUUUCUGUUUGGUAACAUUUACCGAGCAUUCCAGUGGUGUGACGGCGUGUGAGUUCUCAAAGAAGGGAAAUGUCUUGUUUACAGCAUCGUUGGAUGGGUCAGUGAGGGCAUGGGAUCUGAUCCGUUACCGAAAUUUCCGCACGUUCACAGCCCCAUCUCGACUUCCUUUCGCCUCUCUCGCGGUCGACCCCAGUGGCGAAGUGAUCUGUGCCGGAUCUCCAGACUCCUUCGAUAUCCAUGUAUGGUCAGUGCAGACCGGACAGCUCCUUGAUCAACUAUCUGGUCACGAGGGACCGGUAUCAGCCUUGGCGUUUGCAGCAGAUGGUAAUCACUUGGUCAGUGGCAGUUGGGACCGUACUGUUCGUCUCUGGAGUAUCUUUGGGAGAACCCAGACUAGCGAGCCCCUGGUGCUUACCUCGGAUAUCCUGAGCGUGGCGUUCCGGCCCGAUGGGAAGCAGAUAGCAGCGUCCUCUUUAGAUGGGCAGUUGACCUUCUGGUCGGUUGCUGACGCUGUACAAGAGACCGGUAUUGAUGGGCGCCGCGAUAUCUCGGGAGGUCGCAAAGCCACAGACCGUACGACCGCCGCCAACGCCGCUGGAACGAAAUCCUUCCACUGCAUCACAUACAGCGCCGAUGGAAGCUGUAUCCUCGCUGCCGGUAACAGCAAAUAUAUCUGCCUGUACGACGUUAUGUCAGGUUGCCUGGUCAGAAAAUACACCGUCUCCGUGAACACAUCGCUGGAUGGUACUCAGGAGUUCCUCAACAGCCGUGAUCUGACGGAUGCUGGCGCUCGAGGUCUCAUCGAUGAGGCUGGAGAAGCCUCAGACCGCGAGGAACGCAUCGAUCGGUCUCUUCCCGGAGCAAAGCGUGGUGACGCUGGUUCGCGGACUACUCGGCCUGAAGUACGUGUCAGCUGUGUGGAUUUCGCUUCGACGGGUCGCUCGUUCUGUGCGGCCUCUACAGAAGGUCUUCUGAUUUAUAGCUUGGACACGGAAUUUGUUUUCGACCCGUUUGACCUUGACAUUUCUAUUACACCCGAGACCAUUCUUGCUACAGUGGAAGGCGCCAAAAAGGCAGCGGAAACCGGCGACGUAAACAAUGACGAUACGUUCUUGAAAGCGUUGGUCAUGGCAUUCCGCCUGAAUGAGGCCAAGUUUAUCAGUGCCGUCUAUGAAGCCAUUCCACCCUCAGAUAUCGCCCAUGUUGUUCGCUCCGUCCCGACUGUAUACCUCCCUCGCCUGCUUCGAUUCGUUGCCCACUCCUGCGAGCAAACACCACAUCUCGAAUUCAACCUACUCUGGAUCGAGUCUCUGUUGAGUAGUCACGGCAGAUACUUCAAAGACAAUGCAGGCACGCUAGGCCCCGAGCUUCGUGCUGUCCAGCGCGCUCUUGACGACAUCAACGAAAACCUAAAGCGUCUCUCGGAAAAGAACCUUUAUGAUCUCAACUUCCUUCUCGCAAAGCCUAUUCUGGCUGGGAGGAAAGAACCUUUAUUUCCCAAAGCAAUCGACACCAUCGACGGAGCGUCUGCUGGAAACGGCGAUGCGGCCAUGAGCGAUGGUGGCGGCGAUGCGGAAGGUGAAUGGCUUGGUCUUGAGUGA